AUGGACAAAUGGUUAAUAUUUCUAUUAUCAGUACUAUCUAUCGUAUGCUUUGGAUACGAGAAUUAUGAGGCAAAUCCGACAAAAUCCUCUCCAUUCCCUCAAACACCUCGUCCUACUCAACCGAAUGAGAUGGCGAAGCGAAGAUUUAGUUUUCGGGUUCGUGCUUCAAAAAGAGACUUGCGAGAUUCCCCAAGUUCGAGAAAUCCUAAAAAUUCAACGCCAACACCACGUAAAACAGCUUCCACCCAAUUGCUCGCCGAAACGGAACUCGAAGAGCCGACAGCUCAGACUUUGAUGAAAGCUUUGAUGAACAAGAGGGGAGAAAAUAUUUUGAGACCCCGGCGAAAUGCCUCGACAUCGGUGGAUGUCACGUUCAAAAUGGAAUUAUAUCAGAUCAUUGAAUUGAACGAACGACAACAAUAUGUGAAAGUGAGUGCGUGGAUCAUUGAGAGGUGGUACGACGAUUUUCUCUACUGGAAUCCGGAUAACUUUGAGAAUAUCACUGAAGUGAAAAUUCCGUGGACCCAGAUUUGGAUCCCGGACACUGUAUUGUAUAAUACUGUUGUGAUGAAAGACGACGAUCAACGACGUUUGAUGUACGCAAAGAUCACAACAAAGUACAAGGAAAAGCGCUCUUAUGUCGAAUUCCUCUAUCCAGCCAUUUUCACUUUCUCUUGCAAGCUCUACUUACAGUUCUUUCCAUAUGAUGUUCAAACGUGUCACAUGAUUUUUGGAUCUUGGACAUCGGAUAACAAAGACAUUGACUAUCAUCCGCACACAAUGGAGGUCGGAACGAGCAACUAUCUAAUCAAUGAGGGAUGGACGUUGAUGGGAACUCAAGUUGAACGACACGAAAUGAAAUACGUAUGUUGCCCAAACAAUUACACUCUUUUGGACUUCACUCUUUAUCUGAAAAGGCGACCAUUGUUCUACCUCGUAAAUCUCGUCAUUCCAACAUUUAUCAUCACUUUAAUUGCGAUCACUGGCUUCUUUACGACAAGUUCAACUACCGAAGUCCGUGAAGAGAAAAUCUCAUUGUGCAUCACGACACUUCUGUCAAUGUCCAUUUUGAUGUUAAUGGUUUCGGAUCAAAUGCCCUCGACUAGCACUUUUAUUCCAUUGAUCAGUUGGUUCUACAUGUGCGCUAUUGUAAUCAUCUCGGUUGGAGCUAUCGCCGCCUCGUUUGUGAUUUCCAUUCAGAAGUUUGGAAGACUAGGCAAACGAAUGCCAAUGCGGAUGAUCAAAAUCGUGCGUUUCAUCAGUCGAGUGGCAAUGGUGCGAAUCCCGGCCCAUCUCAAGCCAAAGUCGACUUUAAUGAACAAGAAAAUCUCACUCGCGCAUGCCCGUGCGAGUUACGCGGUCAAACACAAUCACCACUACCAUGACGAUGAUGAAGAUGAUGAUUUAGAUGAGUCGCGGAAGUCGACAAUUGCCCAAUUCGCCAAGUAUUUCUUCUCGGCCGGCACGGAAAUGGCUGCUUAUCCGAUGGGAGAUUACGCAAAUAAUAAUGAGCCGCUGAUCCAGAAUGGAACUGUUGACAACAAAGCGAGCAAGAUCGCAAGUCCGACCACAGUGACUCCAGCAGAACAUGCCCAAUUCCGAGCGAGAGCCUUUUCGAAAGUGGCCAGUGAAGCUGAUGGAGAAGACAAAAUUGAUUUUGAUGCGAUUGAAAAGGAAGUUCGAGAGAUGGAAAUCAAAAGGGAACUCUCAAAAAUCGAAUAUGACUGGUUGGCGACAGUGAUUGAACGAUGCACUUUCUUGCUGUUUCUCUUGACGUUCUUGGCGGUUGCUUUCGGAAUCAAUAUAAUCGGCUUUGUUCACUGGUACAACGCGAGACCGCCUCUUUCAGCGACGAGAAAUCGAGAUCCGCUUUUCGUCUUCGGGCCACCAUUUGUCCAUGGAUCGGGUUCC